CAAAAUUGUUGGAUUCUGAGCAUGUGCCCUUGGUGGUUGGAAUUUCAGGGAGAGUUUGCUCUGAAACCCCCAUAAACUGUGAGUUUGGUGGUUUACGAGCUGUAAUUGUGGAGCAAUGGGCAGAACAAAAGUUUUUGAAACGCAACGUGGAGGGUGAUUGGAGAUCGGGUUCUGCUUUGAUGCUUUCAACGUGCAAGGAAGUCCCCUGGUAUUUGGAUGAUGGGACUGGUCGUGUGAAUGUGGUGGGAGCUCAAGGUGCCUCAGGCUUUAACCUUCCGGCUUCAAGUGGGAUAUUUGAACAGUCAAGGAGAUGCCUCAAAUGUGAGACAAUAGAUUACCGCCCAGGCCUCAAGGUACUUGGAGUCAAACGAACUGAGUGGGUACUUCCAGUCGGUACUUCUUUGAGUGUUGUUGGCGAGGCUGUCAAAGAUGCCGUUGGUACCAUUCAAAUUCAAAAACCCCACGAUGGGCCAUUUUAUGUCUCUCCCAAAUCCAUUGACGAGCUCAUUGCAAGCCAUAGGAACUGGGGAAGGUUUCUCAAAUUUGCAUCUUUUUGUUUGGCUUUCAUCGGUCUUACUUUGAUUGCCAUGGAAUUUAAUGAAUACAUCAUGGAAAGACAGCGCCGCUUUGAAUUACAGAGAAGGGCCGUUGCUGCAGCUUCUGUAAGAACUGGGGAAGAUAAUGAAGGUUCAGACGAAGGGGCUGUUGAUGCAUCAAAUGGUACCAAUUCAUGUGUGAUAUGCCUUGGGCAGGAGUAUAGUGUUGUUUUUGUCCCGUGUGGUCAUAUGUGCUGUUGUACAAGUUGCUGCUUGAACCUGAGGAAGUGUCCCCUUUGCCGGCAACGAAUUGUGCAGGUGGUGAGGACUUUCCGCCCUUAA